AACCGAGUCUUCAGAACAUCACUCUCUCUCUCCCACACACGGACACACACACACAAGAACACACAAUGCUGUUCUCUAAACUCCUUAGAAUCUUUCGUCAAGACUUCAAGUUUCAAGCCUUACAAACAGAGAGCCGCGAUAGCGAUGAGGAGAACAUCGAGUCAGAGGAGCUGCUUACAAAGAGGGGCCCGCCGCGAAGUCCCUCAAGAGCCUGGAUCUACCUGACAAUGGCAAACGCAGUUCUCCUGAGCAUUACCAUCGGCCUAGUUCUCAGCGCCCAGGGCAGCUUCUCCAGUGAAGAGAAAAAUGCCAUUCUUAGGCCAGUGUCAUGGUGGUCGCCUAUCCUGGAUGACAUUGAAAUUCCAAGGUACCAAACGACGCUGAAUGGAACGCUCUUCGCUCUCCCAGAAAUAUCCAUCGCCCGCGAAGAGCCCAGCGCUGCCAACGACGCCGCUUGGAAGCGAUUCGAAGACGUCCUGACACAUGUCGUGACUCGCGAGCAAAUUAUCAAGCUUGGUAAAAACCCCGACACCAUCGCGCGCUUCGAUAAUGACUAUUGGGGAAUGGGCGAUGAUGCCUACAUGGUUCAGCUGGACGUGAUGCAUCAAAUCCACUGUCUGAACAUGCUGCGCAAAGCCGCUUUCGCCGACUACCCCGGCUACGAACCCGAGCUGGAUGUCAAAGAUAAAAUGUGGUGGAUUCAUCUGGGCCACUGCACCGACAUCUUGCUACAGAACCUGCAGUGCAAUGCUAAUACGGAGGUCCUAACUCUGGACUGGGUCGAAGAUCGCCACGCGCCGUGGCCGGACUUCAGUGUGAACCGCAAAUGUCGCGACUUUAAUGCCCUUUUGGACUGGCAGCACGACAAUGCGGUCGACACCGCCAAGUUCGAUGCCAUGCCCCUCCCGAAGGACGCAUUUGUGUGGCCGGCCCCGUGGAAAAAACAAGACUAUGAGCUUGGCGUGAAGUUGGGGGACCAUCAUCUGCAGGAAGGCGAGCCUCUCAGGGCCCCACAUGAGCACCAUGCCGAUCAUCCAAUGUGAGUCACGAGGCAGCUAGGUUUAGAAGAUGGCCAUAGGGUCUUUGAUUUACGUGAAGUAUUCUUGUUGGGCUGCGAAAAGAUCUAUGGAACCAAUUCUAGCAGUUUGCUUAAU